AUGAGAUCUCUUUCGAUUUUGCUCUUAACAGCAACUGCGACGACCGCCCACGUCCACAUCCACCGCGCCUCAGCCACAACAGCGCCGCCGGUCCUCGACAUACACAGCGCGCGAGUUCACAACCCACUCGCGAGCGCGCCGCCAACCAAAACCCUCGAAUCCGAGGAGGCGCGCAUCACGGUGAUAGGAGCCGGCGUCAACGUCGCCCUCUCCGCCUCCAAGGCCGUCGUCGGCGCCGCCUGCGGGAGCCGCGUGCUCGUCGCCGACGCGGCGCACUCCUUCUCGGACCUCGUGAGCGACGGAGCGGCCUUGAUGGCCGUCCGCCUCCAGAAGACUUCUUCACCUAGAUAUCCGGGCGGUUGUCGCAAGGCGGGAGCGCUCGGCGCCGCGGCCAUCGCCGGCCUCCUCCUAGCGUGCGGCGCCUCUCUCGCCGCGGGCCAAGUGAGCGCUCUACUUCCAGGCGCCGUGAGAACAACAACCAGUGUCGCCCGGGGCCCAUGCGCCCUCGUCGCCGCCCUCAGCAUCGCUUCCAAGGAAAUGCUCGCCCGCGCGACGAUGCGCAUCGGCCGCCGCCACCGGUCCGCCGCGGUCCUGGCCAACGCGAAGCACCACAGAUCGGACGCCCUGUCGUCCGUCGUCGCGUUGGCCGGAGUCGUCGGCACGCGCUUCGGCGCCUUCGUCGACCCCGCCGCGGCGCUACUCGUCGCGGGCUGCGUUUUGAAGAUGGGCGUCGAGACGGGCCAGGAAGCGUUACUGGAGCUGCUGGACGCGCGAGACCCCGAGGCCGAGGCCGCCGUGCACCAGGCCGUCGCCGCGGCCAUACCGUCUGAGUAUGCGGUCGACUCCGUCGCGGUGACCGGGCGCGCCUCGAUGGAGGUCCGAUUACUCGUACCGGGCGCCACGUCCGCGAGAGACGUCGACCACGCCUGCCGCGCGGCCCAGCGCGCGGCCAAGCGCGCGGCGCCGGAGGUCGCGCUCGCGACGUGCUCGCCCGUCGUUUCUGACGAGCGGCCGGCCUUCCCUAAACUGAAGCCGCUCGUCCCGAAGCGGCGGGCCUUCAAGCCCGCGGAGGUCGCGCGGCCGAAGCCCGCCGAGCGCUUCGAGCCUCAGCCGGCCAGUCACGAACCCAUCGUCGUCCGGCCGCGCAUCCUCCUCGCGCCGACGACGCUGGACGUGUUCAAGCCCGGCGUCGGGGCCGUCGACCCGAAGCGCUGCCCGCUCAUCGCGUCGCUCCAGUGA